AUGGUCCCAGCCCACACCCUGAUCCUGGAGCUGUGUCAGGACAGGGCGGGGCUGCUGGUGGAUCCCAGGUCGCCGCCGUCCUCAAGCUGGAAAGCCGCUGGUCUGAAGCUGUCCGGUCUGCCCGGCUGGCUGACAAUGGAGGAUGUUGCACCCCUCCUCCACGCGGCCACUGGGAUGCCCAUCACUGAGCGAAGCAUUGCGCAGGAUGUUAUAGCUCUGAAGGCCACAGGAAUGGUCGUCUCUGUGCGCGUCCUGACAGCCCCUCCCCCGCCCGAGGCCAAUCCCGACUUCUUCAGCAGCCCCGAGUGGCGGAUCGUGGCGCCUAUGGGGAAGCUGGAGUAUGUGAUCAGCUCCAAGGCUGAGGGCGGAACUGGAAACGGGGCCUUAAGGAUCGAUGCCGACUCCAUCCGACCCUGGCUGUCUCCAGGUUUUGUGGGGUUUUGUUCCGGUGUCCCAGGCAAGGCCCACCCCGUGGCCCUGCUCCCCCUCUGGGACUGCGACGCGAUCAGAUGCCCGGAUCCAGACGCACACACGCAAGCCGCACCCGCGUCCGCCCACGCCCCGCGGCACCCGCUGGGCUCGGCCCUGGCGGGGGCCCUGACGCGGGCGUACGCUGCGCUCCAGGAGCGGGCGGGCAGGAAAGUGGGAAUAGCCCUGGGCGAGGCCUGGCGUGCCGCCUUCCGGGCCGCCGCCUCCUCGGGCGUGGACACCGUCGUGCUGGGGGACUCGAGGUCGCGGCACACGCUGGUGGGCCUGGCGGCGGGGCUGGAGCGCGCCUGGGGGCCCGACCAGGGCCCCGGCUUUAAGCUGUGGGGUGAGGACGCGUUGUUGGACUGGCCUGGGGCGUCGGGGGCCGCUGAUUGA